UCCUGGAGGUUGGGGGCCAGUCCGCUGGCUCGUUUCCGGUUCGGUAGGUUCACGAUGACGGAGCCGGGCGCCUCUCCGGAGGACCCUUGGGUCAAGGCAAGCUCCGCGGACGCGCACGCCGGAGAGGGGAGGGCGGGUCGGGCUCGUGCACGUAGGGGGUCCGGAAGACGCGGGGCUCCCCAACUAUCCCCAGAGUCUCCUCUGCUGUCUGGGCCCCGGGGCUGCAGAGAAGACAGCUCUCACUCGGCCUAUGCCAAGGUCGAGUAUGCCUACAGUGACAACAGCCUGGAUCCUGGGCUUUUUGUAGAAAGCACCCACAAGGGGAGUGUAGUGUCCAGAGCUAAUAGCAUCGGCUCCACCAGUGCCUCUUCUGUCCCCAACACAGAUGACGAGGACAGUGAUUAUCAGCAAGAGUCCUACAAGGAAUCCUACAAAGACCGGAGGCGGCGUGCACACACUCAGGCUGAACAGAAGAGAAGGGAUGCUAUUAAGAGAGGCUAUGAUGACCUUCAGACCAUCGUCCCUACCUGCCAGCAGCAGGACUUCUCCAUUGGCUCCCAAAAACUCAGCAAAGCCAUCGUUCUACAGAAGACCAUUGACUACAUCCAGUUUUUACACAAGGAGAAGAAAAAGCAGGAGGAAGAAGUAUCCACACUGCGCAAGGAUGUCACAGCCUUGAAGAUAAUGAAAGUGAACUAUGAGCAAAUCGUGAAGGCACAUCAGGACAACCCUCAUGAGGGAGAGGACCAGGUCUCUGACCAGGUCAAGUUCAACGUCUUUCAAGGCAUCAUGGACUCCCUGUUCCAGUCUUUCAACGCCUCGAUCUCUGUGGCCAGCUUCCAGGAGCUCUCAGCUUGUGUCUUCAGCUGGAUUGAGGAACACUGUGAGCCACAGACUCUAUGAGAGAUUGUGAUUGGUGUCCUUCAUCAGUUGAAAAACCAACUCUACUGAUUGUCCAUGGAAGCCUGCAGAGCAGCCAACAAGANGCCUUUGAGAGUGUGGCCAUGGAACNAACUGCUGGGCCUAUGCNACUGGA